UCUCUUUCUCUGUCCCCUUGCAGGUGUACUUUUCGAUUUCCUAGUACAGUCAUAAAGAUCCAGUUCACAUCUUUAUACCAUAAAGAGGAAGUGAAGGAGCAAACUUCAUCCCCUCAACUCCGGCCACUUUACCCUCAAAUAUCGCCUCUGAAGAUCCACAUUCCGGAGCCGGAUCUCCGGAGUUUGGUCAGCCCCCUGCCGUCCCCUACUGGCACUAUCAGUGUUCCCAACUCCUGUCCGGCCAGUCCCCGUGGUGCUGGGUCCUCAGGCUAUCGCUUCAUUCAGAACAUUACCUCGGACCUACAGUUGGCAGCAGAAUACGCCGCAAAAGCAGCAUCGGAACAGCAGGCAGAUGCAUCUGGCGGGGACAGCCCAAAGGAUGAGUCCAAACCACCAUAUUCAUAUGCUCAGCUAAUUGUGCAGGCCAUAUCCUCAGCCCAGGACAGGCAAUUAACACUAAGUGGCAUCUACGCCCAUAUCACCAAGCAUUACCCGUAUUACAGGACUGCUGAUAAAGGCUGGCAGAAUUCCAUUCGGCACAACCUCUCUUUGAACCGUUACUUUAUUAAAGUCCCACGCUCCCAGGAGGAGCCUGGAAAAGGCUCUUUUUGGCGAAUCGACCCAGCCUCUGAAGCCAAGCUGGUGGAACAGGCAUUCCGGAAACGAAGGCAAAGGGGCGUGUCCUGCUUUCGGACACCUUUUGGACCCCUCUCCUCCAGGAGUGCCCCUGCCUCCCCAACUCAUCCUGGCCUGCUGUCCCCUCACUCUAGUGGCCUACAGACUCCAGAGUGCCUGUCCCGGGAGGGCUCACCCAUUGCACAUGACCAUGACUUUGGGUCAAAGUUAGCCUCUGUUCCAGAGUAUCGGUAUUCACAAAGCGCGCCUGGCUCACCUGUCAGUGCUCAGCCAGUGAUCAUGGCUGUUCCUCCCCGGCCAUCCACUCUAGUGGCAAAGCCGGUAGCCUACAUGCCAGCCUCAAUAGUGACUUCGCAGCAGCCCUCUGGUCAUGCAAUUCAUGUAGUUCAGCAAGCGCCCACUGUUACGAUGGUCAGGGUGGUGGCCUCCUCUGCCAACUCCGCUAACGGAUACAUACUGACAAACCAGGGCACGGCAGGCGGCACUCACGAAGCAGCCGGUGCAGUGUUGGACUUAGCUGGUGAUCAUCGAGGCCUGGAUGAGAAGCCGACGAUUGCAUUUGCCACGAUACCCACUGCCAGUCGAGUCAUUCAGACUGUUGCCAGUCAAAUGGCUCAGGGUGUCCCAGGACAAACAGUCACCAUCCUUCAGCAGGCAACUCCAGUAACUCUUGGACAGCACCAAUUACCUGUGCGGGCAGUGACACAAAAUGGGAAGCAUGCUGUUGCCACCAACAGCAUCACUGGCAGCGCUUACGCUCUCGCAAGCCCGCUGCAGCUCCUUGCAGCCCAGGCCAGCUCAUCCACUCCUGUAGUAGUCAGCCGGGUGUGCGAGGCAGGGACUGAAGACUUAGGAGCAUCAUCGGGAGAGCCUGAUGUCAAAAGACCCCGGAUAGAAGAGGCCAGCGGAGUAGUCUCCACUCAACCUGGCGUCAUCACGUCUACAGCCCCACAAGGACAGGCAACCAACGAAUGAGGAACCGGUGGGCAGAGCUGGAAUGUCAUGAGGGUGGGUGGCAUAAGCCUCGAAAGCAGCUUUCGAAGAAGAAAACAAUCUGCAACCGCAAUAGCCUGAAUAAAGAGCUCGUUUUAAGAUUAGGUUUUAAACUGCAGGUCAGCCAUCUUUUAGACCCUCGAGGUGCCAAAAAAGAACGAGAAAACCCUUCCCAACUACCUGUACCUGGAACUUGGUUCUGCCUUUAAUUAUGGGAUUUUUUUCCUCUUUUUAGAUUAAAAAAAAAAAAAAAAAAGACAACUGAUUGUAUGACUGCUGGGAUAUUUUUAAAGUAUCUUGCCCCUUUUUUUGCUCCAGGGGAAUGGGAGUUGCAGUUCAGCGUCUGAAGGAAUGCAUCAUAGACAUAUCUGCUCCCUGGGGAAGAAGGCUUCUCAUUUCUGAUGCCUUAAUACUCUGCUUCUCAGAGCUUUGAAACCGAGGACCAUUUCCAGUAGCCCCCCAGGGUGAUCAGUGCUGAAAAAUGGGUGCAGCUUCUCAUAACAGCAUUAAAGUGGUACCAAACUGAAAAAAAACCAAAAAAAAAAAACCCCAGAAUGAUUUUUAAGUUGAAACAUCAUUAAUAUGAAUGUUUAUUUAUGUGAGGAUUUGGGAUGGGAGCUCCAGGGCUCAACCAGCUGGAUCUUCAAAAUGCAGAUUUUCUUCAUUCCCUUUGAGGGAAAGAAAGAAGUUGGAGGAGCUGUAUUCAUUUGAUUCCUGUAUAGAAAGAAAAAACAAGGGGUUUCUCACAGUUAUUCGUCAUCUUCUCUGGACUCCUGGACAAAAUGUCACAGUGACUGCAGACCACAUGAGGAAGGGUACCUCUGAAUGGUUCUGUGUAUGUUUGAUUUUUCUAGUUCCUAUUGUUCCAUUUGGGAGCAAUGUGGUUUGUUCAUAAUGAGAUUCACCACCUUCCCUGUUAAUCUAAGGGAGAACUAUAUUGGCCUUCUGCACUGAAGUUACCUCUCUCUCAUCUCUUGGCAGUAUGAUCCUCUGUCCUGAAAACCAAGUGCCCAGAGGCCACCAGCCUGGGGUUGUGUUGAAGCUCGGAGUUGACAUUGAUAUAGCUGGAAAAGGGUUACACUCGGAGUCCCAUAAUCUGCUGCUGACACAGUGAGGUUAAAUUCUAGGGGUGAGGGGCAAUAGGGCUUCUAGACAGUAUUGAAUAUGAAUCACAUAAACUAAUGGCAACCAAGAGAUUGGAAGCCCGACUUCUGUGUGGUGGGAGGGAAAAUUAGCUAUGUUGGAGAUUUCUUUUGGCCCAGACCCCAGAGAUGCAGUAAGAGGCAAAGGACCAGCUGUCCCACCAUCUUCGCUAGGGCUGGCCAGGAGUAAGGGAGACUUUUUUUUCUUUUAAGAAUGUCUUAAUUAAGAGUUGGAUCUAUCAGACUCUUUUCUGAGUGUACCUUUAAAAAUGAGUGCAGUCCCACCAUCUCCACUGGUUUCUGAGGCACUCAAAGCAUUUGUGGAGGAAGGAUGCGGUGCAUGACAUGUUGUGUUUGGGAGGGGAAAUAGAAUCAAUGUUUGCGUGCGUUUGAUUCCAGCCCCCUUUGCUAGCAUGUUUUCUGGCUAACCACCAAAGACUCUUUAACUUAACAAUUCUGCUGAUAGCUAUGGUAGUGGUGAAGGAGGGCAAGCAGCAGGGGGGCAUGUCUUCUUUUGAGGGGUCUAGUUCUGCUAGCAUUGAUGUGGUGCAACAUUAUCACCUUGCUGUAAAAUCCAAACUGGCAGUGCUGUUAUGGAGCAGAGAGCUGCAAGCUCAGAGGGGAACUUUUCCAUGGGAAGAGAUUUCCUUAAGAUACUGAAGACAAUGCCACUCAUAUCCAUAGUACUUGUGGUCACAGGUAUUAGGGAGCAAAGCUGAACUGUUAAGUGUCUGCUAAAAUCCUGAGUAGGAGGCCAAUGCAGGAGCAAUAUGAACAGCCAACAGGCAGCACUUGUUCUCUUCUAGGCUUCCUUUCUAUUUGCCAAGCCUUGUUCUCUGUCCGAGAUUCACUGCCUGGAAGAAGGAGGAGCAAGUUUGUUGUUCUCUCACAAAAGGACCUUCCUGAAAAGAGGAUACAUUUCCUGAGCCUGCGCUGUUUAGAGAAAGUAUUCAGGACAGUUGGGCAUCUUCACUUUGGCCGUCCUAACUUGGGUGCAUGUCUGUGGCAGUGAGUGGUCACUCUGGAUGUUAGUCCGCUGAAUUGUUUUUACAAGGUGGGGAGGGAGAGACUCUUACAAUUUGCAAAAGUAUCACAGCAAGCAAGUCUGCAACUUCCAUUUUGCUUUUUAGGAUGCUGGCUGGGUUUGUAACAACAAGAAUCUAAUGUUACUGUUUGCUCAAAGGCAGAAAUCUGAGAGACGACUGCAUUGUCAUGGGCUCAGAAACAGGGCAUGGUGAUCAGUGCUGUGCAGUGUAGUUGUGACGUUACAACCUGUGAGUAACUCCACUGUUGCUGGGGCUUGGACCUUCAGCGCACCUCUGCGGUUAGGAGUCUUCUUCUAAUUAAGACCUGAUAGGAUUUGUAAUGGGUCAGGUGAACCAUGGUGCAUUCAGGGUCUGAGAAGGUGAUGGUCCUUGGUUGCUUAUUUUCCUUUGAAGUGAUCUGUAAACAGACAGGAUGGAGCCCUGAGCUGCCAUAAAUUAGCACAGCACUGUUGCAGUUUGUGGAGUCAUGCGUGUUUACACCAACAGAGGAGCUGGCACAGAGUAUUUCCAUGAGUCACCGUAAACACUAUCAACCAUCAUCUGCAAGUUCAGGGUAUAGAUUUGUCCCUUCAGCCUUUAGGGCAGCGUAACACUUUCCCAGUCUGUUUGUGGCUCAGGACACACCUGGUGGCCAACCUGCUAGUAAACAAGCAGUUAAAUAUUCUCAUUUGUUCUGCUCUUAGAUGCCUGGGACCUCUUGGUUUAUGCAGUCAGUGUGCUCCACUUUGUUCCUCACCACUCUGGCAUGCUCCCCUUCUGCUGCAGGAAGGAUUCGUGCCAUUUGCAGACGAGUCCUUCCUUUGCCAGGCCUUUAGUUGUGGCUUGGCUGCAGUGGGGCCUGCACAAGUUAAAAUAACAGUUCAUAUCCAGCAGCCCAUCGAGAGCUGUGGAAAAAUUGUCCCCCCUUCCUUUUUUUGGAGGAGCUGAUGACAGGGUGUUUGUUUACCUCUCGUUUCAGGCGUCCAAGCUAAUUCUUUAUCACGUUGCCUAUCUCACAAUGCUGCCCACUUCUGUUAUUAAUGGUAAUUUUUCUGCAGAGUUUUGGCUUUAAAAGGAAACGUAGAAAUGAGAGAAGGAAUCGGCCUAGUACAUUAUCUUAGUCCAUCCCUGCCAAGGCAGCAUCUCAAAAUCAGACGUGAAUUUUCAUCCCCUUUAACAGUUUUGUCAGCAUGUUAAAAUUAAAUAAAGCAUAGGAAAACCAAAACAGGGAGGUGAUGGAAAUAAUGACUACAGUACUCCCUUUCCCUGCCAAUCCGCCAACAAUAAAACUAUGCACUGUUCCAUGCCUAUCUUCAUAGCUUUACUUUCUAAAUGAAAUGUCUUGCUAAUUAACCUUGUUCCUUAAUCAUAGCAAUUCUGUCUCUUGCUCUCCCAUUGUUAAUAAUUGUCUUACUCUGCUGAUUGUAUAUAAUCAAUAUAAUGAAAAUGGGUUGUGUUGCUGCUUCCUUUUAGGUGUGCAGAAUUGGGGCUGGAAGUGUUGAGCGAUAGUUACAGAUUCCAUCUAUCAUGAGUUCACAGGGGUUUGUUGAACCCCAUGUUUUAGUUGGAAGUGACUUCAUUUUGAUGACCUUUUUCCCUGAGCUCUCCAGUCAACGUGGUACCCAACAGAGCGGGUUCUCCCUUUUUAAACAGCUCCCUAUGCUUUGGCUCUUUAUUGCUAUCGUCCAUGUCAGAUCCAGGCAUGGUCCUAUACCACAUCUCUGCUGCUUUUCAAGUCAGUGAGAUUACAGUGAUUUUUCUAGGAAGGCUGCAAAGUCCUUGGAAUAAGAAGUGGCAAUUUCCUGCUCCUCCAUUGUGUCUGUGAAGGUGCUCCUUCAUUCUGGUAUUUUGAACAUACCAUCCUGUACUUGAAUUAUCCUUUGCAAAAUAUUCAAUGUACUUUAGUGAUUGACUUGAAACUAAAACUGUGUUCUCUGAGUCCUGCAGAAUCAUACAAAAGACUGUAUCUACGUUUUAGAGUCCUCUCUUUGAAAAUGGAAGCUGUCAGGUUUUUGUAAGGUUGAAACCUAAUUUAAAUGAGCUCUUCUGUUGAAACUUCGGAGAGAGGUCUGCCUACAUUUCAGCCCCUCUUCUCAUUUUGUCACCUUAGCUAGGUAAGCUCUACCACAUACUUGUGCAGAAAGCCAGUAUUACGUCACCAGGCUUUCUUUCUCUUGGGGGCAUUACAGCUGUGUGAUGAGGAUGCAUUGAGGACAUUAGUUUUAACAUUUAUAUACAACUUUGAGAACCUAAUUUCCAGAAACUCCAUUGUCUCUUUUUUCAUCUAGUGAUUGCAUUAACAUCCUUUUAUUAUAUCUUGCAAAAACUCAAUUAAAUUUUGGCAUCUACUGUGGUAUCUGUGUAACAAAGGUUAUACCAGGCAGCUUAAAAAUAUAAACAUCUUACUUGCUUCAAGCAAUUUGAAACAAUUUAACACAGAAAGAACUUUAAAAAUCAACUGUUUCCUCUUUGAAUUUUUUUCAGCCUGAAUGAAGAGAUGGGUCAAAUUGACUUGGAUUAGAGGCAGUUAGAGUGACUUAUUCAAGCCUCAGUGCAGUGCUUGGAUUGCAGACACUGAUUGUUCUUGAUGUCAUGUUGAUGGAUUUAUUUGAAAAUCAUAUCUGUCUCAUUUUUUCCUAAAGCAAAAGUUUUGGCUAGAAUUUGCUGUAAUGCAAAGUCUCUUUUAUUGCAAGUGCAGAUUUGGCCUGAUUUGCUGGUGCAACAGUACACUGCCACACAUGAGGAUAAAGUUCAUGGCCCUCAGUCCUUUUUUUUUUUUUUAUUUCUUGGGCCAGUAGGGACUGGUAGUGCUGCAGGUAGUGGUGGUGUGUUUGUUCCCUGGUGAAAGCAGAGAUCUGCCCAAGUCGAGGCUGGGAGAUAACUAAAUGAUGAAAACACAGUUGGGAUUCUCAGAGCUCCAAAAAGGUCUUGAGCUGGGGCAGUGGUAACCAGCUGAUAUUAUAGUUCUGCCAUGUUUCAAUUUUAUGUUUGUCACUUAAGAGAUUCUGCCACUGGCUGCAGCUUAUUCUGUGAAGUGUUGUCCUGAGAGACAUGCACUCAGAGCUGUGUUGAAUAUUAUGGGAGCAGAGAAAUAAUUAAAUGAGGCCAGAUCUUUUCUUGUGCUCCUGCAACCCAUGCUGCAAAUGGCUCUCAUUUUUUAAUUGGAAAAGUCCUAGUAGUUGAUCCAGGUGAUUGCUGGAUAAUAUGGGUCAUCAUUAGAGCAUGUAAAUGGCUGAGUUAUUAACCUUUGCUAAUAAACUGCAUAGGAGUAGUAGCUUUAA